CAGGUCACCCGAAAGGUUAUUCAGAUACAUUUACGAGGUUACCACAAGUUGCUCAAACAGAGGUCGAACAAAAUACGUGUGGAAUUUAGAUUCUCCCACAGAGUGGUCAGCUCCCGGAACUCCUUACCUGAUUUAAUGGUAACAGCUCCAUUGGUAAACGCUUUCAAAGAGAAGCUAGAUCUCUGCGGAAAUAUGUAUCGCAAGGACUAACACAGGCCACAAGAGCCUACUAUCUUUAUCAUCUGAAUCUGAAAAUGAUUUGUAAACCGUACCCGAAAAAAUGCAAAUACAAAAAGCGUGAUGUAAAUGCCGUUCUGUUUUACAUUUAUUUGAAGAACGUCCAUAUGAUAAGAACGUGCUGAGUUGUAGAUAUAUGAAAGGUACUCUGAAAUCACACACUUUUUAAACAAGCUAGCUCUCGAACAUGCGAAACAUAAAUCGCAGUAUGCUACGGGAUAGUCCAGUGUGAAAUUAAUAUCUGUAUGUAAAUUCAUGGUCAAGAAUGGCAAUAAUGAAUUAUUGACUAGUGUAUGAGACCCUAGAUGCCACUAUAUCGUUGGUCAUUCGAUUUUAUAACAAAAGUAACGAAGUUUAACUGUAAUCACAGAUUUCAAUUUGACGAAUAUAGUAUUUGAGGUCUUCAUGUGUGCAGUUCUGCAGACUUAGUGGGGUCCGAAAAAUAUGUAGAUGUACCUUUCGGAUUCUGAACUGAAUUUUCACUCCUAUGAGCUCCACAAACUUCAUAAUAACUUCCAUCACUUGCUAUAUUUUUUGACUCGGUUGAUCAAAAAAUAUAGUAAUGUCUGACUGAAAAGACUACUUAGAAAGUGUAUUAUCCUAACCAGUUCACCCCACUUGAAAGUUUAAUGGGAGUUUUCACCUGAUGUGGUGCUUUUAUUUGAUUCCGCCACCUAUUUGAAUGAAUGCGACCCUCUGAUGGGUGUCAAUUUUCAGGGAUACACUUGCUGCCAGGGAGAUGUUUUGCUGAUUCAGGUCUCAAAUUUACUCCUUUUACGUAGAGGUGCCAGCAAAAUCAUGUCUUCUGGUAACUGUGAUUGGCAUACGAUUCGUUCUUGUCAAAGUAAGGUUGUGCUGCAUGAGUGAUCUGCACCAACUUCUAGUGUAAGGGUAGGUAGUGAAAUGGUUGCAUUCUCUGACCACUUCGAUGAUUUGGGGAAUUGAAUCCACUCUAGCGAAGUGGUUACUAAACCAUGUAGUUGUAGACGGCAUGGCUGGGCUCUUCCAGGUUGUAAGAAACAAUGGUUAAAGUUUCCUGGUUAUGCCACUUAAAAUCGCUCACACUGUCCCAGCUGUAUUCUCUCCUUAGUGUCUUUGAAAUUUACUGAUAUUGUACGCGCUGUUACCUACAUACGUCUUCAUCUAUCGUAGUUUUAUGACAUUUCUCUGUUCUCCGAGGUGUGAAAACUUGAACUAAUGCAAUUUUAUGCGAAGUUCUUUGCUGAUAAGUUGACGAUUUAUACAAAUUAUUAAAUAUGUCAUUGUAUCAUCCAAUUAUUACCAAACAAUGUUCCUCGGAGUUCUUAAAAUUCACUUUGUUGAGGAUAUACGUAAUUCGAAAAUAAGUCUGCUAAAUACCGUUAACGGUGUCCGUAAGUUUGUCCUUUACUCCCUUCAACUGUGUGAAUAGAAAUAUGUGUAAUUCAUAAGUAACAUUGAUCUGCCACAUCAUAUUGUUAUUGGCUUUCGGCAGUUAUAUGAUUGGUUGUUUGCUUAGACCAGUAUUUUUAACUCCCGUCAAAGUUCUGCUGAAGUCUUUCACCAACUUAUUCCAUCUGCUCCAUGAUGUCACAUUGCCUGUUAUACGUCGUGUUCCACAAAACAAUGCUCUGGUCUCUUCUAUAUGUUUUUGAGACAAUCGUCGUUGGCAGAAUUUGAAAAACUUCAUAUAUGUGAUAAUCUUCAGUUUCAUGUCAUUACAUGCGUCCAGGAGACUGUUACAUAAGGAGAUUAAAGCUAGAAUUGUAAGCAGAAAUAGUCAUUUUCCGUUACAUAGGCUUUUGGUUAACGCUUUGGCUUCAACUACUGUAAUAGAAGUAUCAACCUUUCACUUUUACUGCGAUGAAUUAUUAGAAAUUAAAAGAUUUCUCAAGCCCUAACAAAAUUGUUGGUCAGUGAUCUGUUCAUCAUUAUAUCAGUCGAUUUCAAAAGUUCAUAACUGACUUAUCUUGUUAUAUAUCACGUGUUUAGAACAUCUGUCAUGAAUUUACAGAUUCUAGAUGACUAAUAAAAUAUUUCAAUAACUUUGCAGACGAAAACUCUCUUAUCAUAUUCGAGUCGUUAACUCAGUUUAUUUUCAACUGCGGAAAUAGCUCUCGAUUCAACUGUUGUUUGGUAUUUCAGGUAUUUCAGUCCAUGUACUAAACUGAUUACACUCAUUCUAAUUUUGUGAUGCGUAUUUUCGCUGCUAAAACGACACCAUAUUGUCUCAACGUUGUUCAAAAGUAUGACUACGAAAAUUAUUUGUGUUCAUUACUUCUUCCUGGCUCAAAAUGUGGCUUCGCUCUAGCAUUGAGAGCGUUUAAUGUAGAAUUAGCCCAGAUAUAUGACCAUGCCAAAAAUAUAGAACAAGCCAAAUACCGAUUUCAGUUUUGGAAGGACGUUGUUGAAUAUCUAUUCAGUGGUUCUGCUAGUUCUUCGCGGUACCAUACACCUCUUGAACAGGAGCUCAAAGAGUCAGUUUCAUGUUUGACACUGUCAAAAGAACGCUUCUACCAAUUGAUAACCUCAAGGGAAAGACAUUUCAACCAAUCUUCGUUUCUUACCUGCAAAGCAGCUGAGGCGUAUUUUGAUGAUACCUAUACACCAAUUCAUUGUUUAUUAUCUGAAGCCUAUGGAUUCGAAAUGGCAACACUAAGUCCAUUGCUGAGUCAUUUAGGAAAAGCACAGGGUAUGGUGAAUAUGUUGAGGAGUUCUGUUCUGUUAGCUCAGCAUAAAAAUGUAGUCUUAUUUCCUUUGGAUUUAAUAAAUCAGCAUAAUUUAACUCAAGAACACAUACUUCGUUUCUUACGAACAGACAUAUCAUUAAUGACACACUCCGAUGAUGAAGCUGUCAAAGCCCUGACACAGGAUAUUGCUUCAUUGGGUCAUUUUCACACCAAACGUGUUUCAAAAUUGGCCCGUGAAAUUAUGCUGAAGUCAUUCUCUACUCCAACAUUCAAUUCAUUAAAACUACAAGAGAAAGAUAUGCGACAGCGUAGCUUAAUACAAAGUACACUGCCCAGAUUAUUACUGCCUUUAGUGCCUGUAAUUAAUUAUUUGAAUUAUUUAGGUUAUUCAUCCAACUUUGACGUACGCCUUAAUUACAAGUAUAAUAAUGGUCUGUUACCAUUACAAUUGUGUUGGAAUGCAUGGCGUAAUAAAAUACCCCAAGGUCUUAAAGAAUAAUCUUUUUUCCUAACUCCUAUUCUGUCAUUGAGUUUAUGUAAAGUGACAUUUUUUACUCAUAGUUUUUUCCAAACAAUUGAUUGGUC